AUGAAGCGAUCAAUGGCUGGCCACACCGAAGGUCCUUCAGCCAAGAUGGCUCGGACGGCCCACCACCCUAUGAAUUAUCCUCAGGUGAACGCUAAUACGAGCCUGGCCUCCAACAAUACCGGCGAGGUCGACGAACUUAAAGCUCGUAACGAAGAGUUGUUGAAGAUAAACAAAGAGCUUCUCGACAUGCUCAAAGUUAGCAUGAAGAAGGCAAAGGAUGACCUUGCGGCAGAACGGGUAGAGCUAAAGAGCAACCGAGAGUUCGGAGCGAAAAUACAAGGAGAAAUUUCAGCCAUGAAAAGACCUCGACGACAGACAACGCUGCGGAAAGAGGUUGAAGAAUCACAGACAGAGAUUCAUGGAUUGCGAGAAGAGCUAGAAAACACUAAAGCUGAGAAUACGCAGCUACGUGACGAUAUGGCCGGCCUCCAACGAGAUAGAGAUUUCUGGAAGUCUCUCUUUGAACAAAAUCAAAAGAUGGAAAGCGAUAUUCAGGGAUUCAAUAUGCCCGAUCAACACACUGGCCACCCAACCCCUCCGCCAUUUAUCACUGGAGCCGGCGGAUUUAAUCCUCCUCAAACGUGUGGAAACAUGGAACUUAUACAAACAGUCAUGUACCAAGCACAGGCAGCGAAUUCGGCAACCGUCAGCUCUUCACAGCAGAUUUCACUUUCGCCCAUUAUGUACCAACAACCACAACAAGCUACUGUAGCAGCCGGCAGCUCAUUGCAGCAAAUAUCAGCGGCGCCCGUCUAUCGAUCUCCAGACUCAACUGGCAAUGGGGUAGCCCUCCCCCAGGCGAAUCCAUCCCCCGAUAACCUACGGAACAUGCCGGAACAAUCUCUGGAGCUAUCACCAUGGGAGCCAAAUUUCAAUCUCAAUGCCAACGAUCUAAAUAUCGAUAUCGAUGCCUUCCUCGCUGAUGUUUUCAAGCAAGGAGCCCCGGGCAACUAA